GCCCCAGCCCAGCCAAGUCCAGGCCAGCGCUGAGAGUCCGGGCGUCAGUGCUCACGGGCACAGCAGAGCGGAGUCAGGGGGCUGCCCUCGCGCUAGGCACAUCCCUGCGGCUGGAGAUGAUGGAGCUGGAACUGGCGCUGGCUCUGGAGCACCAGGAGAAGAAGGUGGAGACGGUGGCGGCGGUGGAGGAAGUAGAGGAGGAGGAGGAAGAAGAGGAGGAGGAGGAGGCAGCAGCUAAGCGGCUUCUGCUCUUCUCCCGAGACCCACGAGCCCGCUUCCUGGGACGCCGCCUGGGCCAGAUGCUCAGGGUCCGAGAGGAAACGUGGAGCCGAUACCUCGAGGGCGAGGAGAACCGGCAAACGCUGCAGGAGUUUUGGGGUCGCCCGGGCCCAGCUCUCCUCCUGUUCCGCGGCGCUCCUGCGGGACGCCUCACUGCUUGGUCUGCUUGGUCUCAGGUUCCAGAAGAUGCCCAGCACAAGCUCCUUUAUGUUGGGAAGAGGAUGGAGGCGAGCAUCAGAGCGGACAGUUCCCAGGAAGCCUUGAUGUUUGGACAGCUCCCAGCCACCUCCCUGCUUCUGGUGAAGGCUUUCAUGGAUGAGGUUGCUGUUCCCAUUCUCUCUAACAAGAAGAACCAUACAGUUUGGCCCUAUUUUGUAUCCCAAGACCUGGGAAGCCAUGUGGAAGGCAUGAAAAGCAAAAUGCACAUUCUGAGUGGUGUGAUGUCAGGAAGAACCCUGCUUCCAAUUCCUACUGUGGCAGGGAACAUCCAAGUGGAGUCAAACUGCUCAGAGGUCAAACAAGACUCUCACGAAAGGGUUGUCCUUCACACCAUUGAAUCUGUGGUUAUAAACUGGUCACAUCAAAUCCAAAAAGUCCUCCAAAAGGACUCAGGGCAGCUUCUGUUGAAGGGCAUUCACCCGGACCCUGAAACUGAACUGGACUUCUGGAAGACAAGACGUGAUAACCUUCUGUGCAUCUAUGAUCAACUUCAGGCUCCAGUUGUCCAGAAAAUGGUCCAGAUCCUGAAAACCAAACAAAGUAGUUAUUUUCCUACUUUUGAGGACAUUUUCAUGCGUGUUAAAGCAGGUAAGGACAAUCUGGAUCUUAGUGAUAUCUGACCUUUGUUGGUAUGUGUAUGUGUGUGUCUAUGUUCCUGAAUGAUCAAUUGAUCUUCUUCAUUAAUAAAUAGCUUUUAUCCAUCCCGUGUGCUAGAUCUGUAUCCAAAUAUUGAAAUGCAUGAUUAAAUACAUUACUU